AUGAGUAUCGUGUACCUUAAUCUGCCAUCUGUAAUAUGUGGCACCAUGACCAACUUGAGUGGUAAUGAGACAGAUCAUGUCGCGUUGCUUGCCAUCAAGGAUAAGAUAACUAAGGAUCCUAUGCAGGUCACAAGGUCAUGGAAUAAAUCUCUCCACUUUUGCCAGUGGAAAGGAGUUUCAUGCAGUCUUCGACAUCAAAGAGUCACCAUCUUGAAUUUAAACUCACAAGGUUUGGCAGGAUUAAUAUCUCCUUCAAUUGGUAACCUUAGUUUUCUUCGCAUUCUUGAUCUCUCAAACAAUAGUUUCCAAGGGUUAGUUCCUCCAGAAAUCAGUCAUCUGUUCAGGUUGCAACGGGUAGUUUUGGCAAACAACUCGUUAAGAGGACAAAUUCCAGUUAAUCUAUCCAGUUGUUUCAACUUAAGAAUUCUCGAAUUGAGUGGAAACAACUUCACUGGUCAUAUUCCUGCUGAGCUUGGUUCCUUAUCACAUCUUGUUGAAUUUUAUGCUGACAGAAACAAUUUAAAGGGUGCUAUCCCAGAUUCUUUUGGAAACAUUUCAUUACUCAAGGUGCUAUCAGUACAAUCAAAUGAGCUAUGGGGAAGAAUUCCACAAUCAAUAGGCCAGCUUAAAAGCUUAAACAUUCUUAAUGUUGCAGAAAAUUUACUAUCAGGUUUGAUCCCUCCAUCCAUCUAUAAUCUUUCGUAUCUUACUACUUUGUUUAUGCGGGUUAACCAACUUCAAGGAAGCCUUCCCCACAGCGUGGGCCUAACUCUAUGUAAUAUUAAAGUGCUUCGUCUUUCUGCAAACCAAUUGACUGGUAUCAUUCCCGUAUCAUUAUCAAAUGCUUCAAACCUCGAAAUUCUUGAACUUUCAAUUAACAAUUUUUUCGGAGGCGUUCCUGAUAAUUUGGGAAGUCUAAAAAAAUUGUCAUGGCUAGGUGCUUUUUCUAACAAUCUUGGAAAGGAGCAAGCCGAUGACCUUAGCUUCAUCACCUCUCUGGUAAACUGCAGCCAGUUAAGACGACUGCAUCUAGGUGGCAAUAACUUUGGGGGGCAAAUACCGAGUUCCCUAGCCAAUCUUUCAACCAAGCUUCUAUAUUUUAGCAUAGAAGAGAAUCCAAUUUCUGGGAAAAUUCCCAAUGAUAUUGGGAAUCUCAUUGGCUUAGAGUCAUUAUCCAUGUAUUACAAUCAGCUAACAGGAGCCAUCCCUGAAUCCAUUGGUAAGCUUUACAAGCUAAUAGAAGCGGGUUUUGGUAAAAAUAAAUUGUCAGGUGAAAUCCCUUCCUCCAUUGGAAAUCUCACGUUGCUGAGCCAGCUCUGGCUAGAACAGAACAAUCUCCAGGGAAGCAUACCUUCAACUCUUGGAAAUUGUCGGAAAUUGAUUUUUCUACAUCUUUAUAGCAAUGCAUUAAAUGGAACCAUACCUCGAGAAAUUCUCAGCCUCUCCUCUUUAUCAAGAUCUCUGAACUUGGCUCAAAACCGUCUAACUGGUCCUCUUCCUGUGGAAGUGGGAAACUUACAAAAUUUAGUUGAACUGAAUGUUUCUCACAACGAGUUAUCUGGGGAAAUUCCAAGUAGCCUUGGCAGUUGUGCAAGAUUGCAGCAUCUUUAUAUGGACCAUAAUUGCUUCACAGGAGAACUUCCAAAUUCUUUAAUUUCUUUGAGGGGCAUUGAAAACAUUGAUCUUUCACAUAAUAACUUAUCUGGAAUAAUUCCGAAAGGCUUCGCUACGUUUCCCUUCUUACAGAAAUUAAACUUAUCUUUCAAUGAUUUUCAUGGAGAUGUGCCUGUAGGAAGAGUCUUCAGUAAUGCAAGCGCAGUUUCGUUGGCUGGCAAUGACAAGUUGUGUGGAGGUAUCCCAGAAUUACAAUUGCCAUUAUGCUUACCCAAAAAGCAUAGAGGGAAAAAAAUGUCCCUCGCAGUCAAGCUAACAAUUUCCCUAAUAUGUGGACUUUUGGGAUUGGUUCUGGUACUUUUUGCUGUGUCAUUCUACUGGUGUAAGAAGCAAAGGAAGCGUUCCUCGUCAAAAUCUUCGCCUGAGGAUCAAUUUAUAAAGAUUUCAUUUGGGGACCUUCUCAAGGCAACCGAUGGAUUUUCUUCAGGCAAUUUAAUUGGUGGAGGCAGCUUUGGCUCAGUUUAUAAAGGGGUUCUCGAAAAAGAUCAAACAGCUGUGGCUGUGAAGGUGCUAAAUCUACAAAGAAGAGGAGCUUCCAGGAGCUUUUUGGCUGAAUGCGAAGCCUUGAGAAACAUCAGGCAUAGAAAUAUUGUCAAAAUUUUAACUGCAUGCUCAAGUGUUGAUUACCAAGGUAAUGAGUUUAAAGCACUCGUUUACGAGUUCAUGCCAAACAAGAGUCUGGAGGCUUGGUUGCAUUCAUAUCUAGAAACAGGGAAUGUUGGACAUGAUGAGGAACCAAGGAGUUUAAGCCUUUGUCAGCGUUUAAAUAUAAUCACUGACGUAGCAGCAGCAUUAGAUUAUCUUCACAACCAUUGUGAAAUCCCGAUUGUACAUUGUGAUAUAAAGCCAAGCAACGUCCUUCUGGAUGAUGACAUGACUGCUCAUCUGGGUGAUUUUGGCCUCGCAAGGAUCAUUCCUCAAUGCAAUCCUCAAGUCAUAUCAGAUCACAAUAGUUCAGUUGGACUAAAAGGAACUAUUGGAUAUGCUGCACCUGAGUAUGGCAUGGGAAGCAUGGCAACUAAAGAGGGUGAUGUGUACAGCUUUGGGAUCCUCGUGCUGGAAGUAUUAACAGGGAAAAGGCCGACUGAUGAUAUGUUCAGGGAUGGUUUAAACCUUCACAAGUUAGUGAAGAUGUCUUUGCCUGACAAAGUAGAGGAGAUCGUUGAUCCAACACUUGUUUUGGGAGAAGCAGCAGCAGCAGCGCCUAAAAUCUAUACGCAUGAGUGUCUGAUUUCAAUACUUAGAAUUGGGGAGGCAUGCUCAGAGGAAUUGCCAAGAGAUAGAAUGGAAAUCCAUGCUGCUUUUCAUCAACUGCUUAAACUUAAGACCAUGGUUUUCCCCUAG